UCACAAGCCUGUUUCCUCCAUCGUGAUAGGGUUUUCAUUUUUCACUCUGCAGAGUUGUAGUUCGCUCUCAAUUCUGCACACUCGAUCGACAAUUGUUUGAUAUAUCGAAUAAGCUGGUUGGUACCUACAGCCUCUGGUUUUCUGGGGCAAUUUUAUGUGAUUGGUCCAAGUUGGAGUUGUCUAACUCUAACAAUGAGACGGCAGGGGCAGUAUGGCGGCGAUCCAUCUGCCAAUUCUUAUGUUGCUUCUCAGAUGCAUCAUGCUUCUGGUCAGAGGAUGGAAACCAAUUCUGGUAGUUUUGAAGGUCGGCUAGAGGCCUUCACUCCUGAGAGGGAAAAUCCUCCGUAUUCAAAUUCCAAGCAAGAGGGUCCAUGGAGAUGGGAAAUGGAUGGAUCAAAUAUGUCAAACACAAUGACAUCUCGCAUGUUUAAUGAAGGUCAAGGGGGUGAUGCUUCAAGGUCCUAUUUUCAAGGUCAGAGACCUGAUCCUAAGUUGACUUUGCAGAACCAGAGCAGCAAUGAUGCCAGAACUCAAGCCCAUGAAGAAGACAUGGAUGUUAAAUAUGAGGGAAAUCAUUUAUCUCAAACUUUUGAAGGUCUUGAGCAGAAGUUUCUGGAUGAAGUUAUUAAACUAGCCAAUGAACAGAAUGAUGCUGAAGAUUCAGAAAAUGCCAGGCACAGAGAGAAAAUAAAUGCAAUCAAUGCUCAGUAUGAAGAAAAAUUAGCAGAACUCCGAGCUCAGCAUGCCAGUCGCAGAGAUGAAUUUCUUCAAAGGGAAUCACAUGCAAGACAAAACCAGUACCAACAAACCAUAAGGGAUCCUUACCCUAGCAGUGGCAUGGUACCUAGUCACAACCCUCAUGGUUACAACGCUGUUAAUGCUUCAGCUGCUGCCAUUGGAGAUGUGCGACGAGGUUAUUCUGGCGAUCACUUUGAUCCUUACAGAGAGCGAGCUCGAUUUCUUGGGGGUACGAGAGAUCAUGGAUUUGAGCCCAGAGUUGCAUAUCCAGGGGGACGUGUUUACGAUACUGGCUCGCGCUAUUACGAUUGAGCUGCCUUCAGGUUCAUCUCGCAAAUUUAGGUUUCUACCUUGGAUUUGCGCGGUGCAAUUUAUACUGCUUAUAUUUACAUGUAUGUUGUGCUAUCUUCCCACGUUUUUGUGCUUCCUGUUUGUCGAUAUUAAAGGUUUUGGGUAGCUCAAUUAUCAACAUUUGGAGGCAUAAUAAUGAUUCCUAGAAAUCUUUGAUGUGGAUGUUCACAUCUAUAGAUUGUAGUUUUUUUACUAGAUUAGGGAGAGAUGCAGAGUUAAAUUAAUGUCUGUCAACCUUAAGAGGCGAUCUUUGGUUUUUGCGGAGUAAAUAAUGGAUACUGGGGAAUCUUUGCAGAAUGAUUCUUUGAAUAAGUAG